UAUUCAGCUCGUUUAAAAUCAACCCAUUCAGCUGAAUUUUCUGUCCGGGGCAAAGAAAUUUCAUGGGGUUUUCAUAACUUUGAUUAAUAUUUUCGAUUUCGUUGAUUUCUCUAUCUGGGUAUUUAUUUAUUUUUUUCAAAUCCGUAAGAGAAAUCCGAGCUUCGAAAAUGGUGGGUGCCCGCUUUGGUCCGUGGAAUUUGAUUUUAAACCAUCAUGGAAGAAGGUUUGGCAAUGGAAAUCGCGAGAGAUUGGACAAGAAGGGGCAGCCGGCGUGUAUAAUAGUCGAUGGCGGCGGUACACGGUGGCUCGACGGCAGCUAUGUAGGGUCUGACGAACUGAGACGCCAUUUGGUUGCCAUUCAUUGUGAAGAUUCAGAAUAUGAUCCAAAGUUCAAAAAAGGGUUUCCUGUGAUCAAAUCAAAUGAACUUGUGGGUUCAGAUUCAGGGGAAACUUUAGCCAAGAGGCUAGCCAAGCAGAGAUCUAUGGCUGUGGUGCUAGAAUUUGACCCCACAGGUCCACUCGGGAAUUGGGUUUCACUUGCCAAAUGGUUUGCCAAUCAGCUACCUGCUACUAGCAUUGUGCUUGCUGUUCAUAAGGGGAAGACCAUAUUUAAAGGACACUCAACAGCUGAUCAGUUUAGAGGUUUUCAGCCACAGUUGAGGCCUGAGUUCUAUUUCAACGAGGUUGUUUAUGCAAAGGAAGUAAAGGGAGAUAGUGAUGAGCUCCUUGCAGUUGUUGCUUCCGAUGAUCGGGACGAAGAAACAGACUUGAGAAGUGGCAAUGUGAAUGGUCAGAAUACGAAAGCUCUUCUGAGUUCGAUAUCCGUUGUUCGAAGACAGCUUCCCGAAUCAAAUCUUGGUUGGCCUCUACGACGGAGAAGUUGUCAAGGAGGUCAUGAGGUUAUAAGAAAAAGAGCUAGAAAUGUUUCUGUGGUUCAAUGGGUUAUGAGCCUGCCUAAUAGAUCAGGUGCUGCAGCGUUACCAAAAGACCAGAAUGAAUGGAUGGAAGAAACCAGUCCUCUGAUGCUUCGAAACGUUGGAGACGACAGUAACGAAGUCGAACACAACGAGAGAAUGCCCCUUUCAGUCUCUUUAUUUGUGAAUGAACUUCAACAAGAGACACCUGGUUGGCCCCUUAGACCUGUAGCUCUUUCGGAACGAUCAGAUUCAUCGCAAGAAGCCGAGUCCGAGACAAGCAUGUCUAACCAAACAACUGAUACAAUCGACACAAAUUUGGAGUCCCAGGUUGGUUAUGUACCUAAGCAGCUGAAGCUUCCCAUCACGACGAAUCGAUCGGGUUGCAAGUGCUUCAGCUAUGCCGAGCUAAGGACGGCGACUUCCGAUUUCUCAGCAGAAAAUCUCAUAGGAGAGGGAGGAUAUAGCAGCGUAUACAAAGGAUGUCUUCUCAAUGGCACGUCUGUUGUGGUAAAAGUUCUGAAGUCGAACAACGACGCUCGGGACAACUUUUUGAUGGAAUUAGACAUCGUUUCCUCGAUCAAACACGAACACAUCGCACCUCUUAUCGGUGUAUGCAUGGAAAGCGAGCAUCUUAUUUCAGUAUAUGACUACUUUCCUGAAGGGAGUUUGGACGAAAAUUUACACGGCCAAAAGGGAAGAGGUAAAUUUCAAUGGGAAAUGAGAUUCAAAGUAGCUAUUGCUGUUGCUGAGGCACUAAACUACCUUCACAAUGAGUGUUCUUCGCCUGUUGUUCACAGAGAUAUUAAAUCUUCCAACAUUCUUGUUUCUGAGAAGUUUCAACCCCAGCUAUCCGAUUUCGGGCUUGCUAUGAGGGGACCAACGGAUUCGUCGUAUGUAGUGAACACCGAUGUGGUUGGGACGUUCGGAUACAUUGCUCCGGAAUAUCUCAUGCAUGGAAAGGUCAGCGACAAAAUCGACGUUUAUGCCUUCGGCGUCGUUCUUCUUGAACUUCUGUCAGGUAGACGUCCCAUUGAUCGUUUUGGUGUUGGUGAAGGGCAAGGAAGCUUAGUCCUGUGGGCGAAGGAAGUGUUGAACAGUGAGGAUCCAAAGGUAUUAAUGGAUCCAGAGCUGGAUGUAGAGUUCAAUGAUGAUGAGGUUCAAAGAGUGGUUAUGGCUGCUAAGCUUUGCAUUGAUCUAUCAGCUCGGUUACGUCCGAAUGUGAGCGAGAUAUUGAAGGUAUUAAAAGGGGAGGCACGUGUUGAUGAUGGCUCAUCGAAGGAGCUAAACCAUCAUGAUGUUGAUGAUAUCUUCCCCAAGUUUAUGACCAAACCGAGCCUAAGUUUUGCACUCCGUGACAUAGACUACGACGGUACAUCAUCGACUCAAACGACGACUUCAAAUAUCAUCCCGCCUCGUCGUCAGAAGUUAAAAGAAUAUCUGAAAGAACCUCAUGAAAUUUAGGUACCAUUGUGUAAAUACCUGAAAUUUGCCCAAUAAAAUGUCUUGAUUUUUUUUUUUU